AUUCUCCGAGGUGUAGCUACGGAGAAGGAAAAGGCCUUAGCAAAAGCGACGGUGCCGUCCGGUCAGCGCCCUGGGGACCCAUCUACUGGCUCGCCUCAUCCCCAGGUGUUACCGACGAUGCCUUCCCAUUUGCCCCAUGGCGACGCGCCGCCGCAGCCGCAGCCGCAGCCGCCGCCGCCGCCGCCGCCGCCGCCUGUUCUCCCGCGGGCGCCGCCCGCAUUAGACGCUUCGCUGCAGCCGCCAAGCGCCUCCCAGGGUCACGCGCCGCCGAUCGCUUCCCGUGACCAGCUGUCCUCCGCCAUGGAACUCACGACCGCUCCGGACCACAUGACGUCAUCGCGCGUCGGCUACCCCGACGCAAUGGAGUUCGACACUUCGGCCCCUCAUGUUUCUUUACGGGCGCAUACACCGCAUGUUGACGUGCACCCUGGACUAGCUUUUCAGGCGUUUCCUAGCUCCCCUCGGACCGAAUGGCCGGGUGCGGGUGGCACAGCCUCGCCUGUUGUUAGGCUCCCCACCUCGUCGCAUACGUCAACAUGGGGUCCUCCCCACGGCGGGCGGAAGCCUUAUCUCACGACCGUUCGCCGAUUUGCGGGGGAGGAAUGUGGUGUCACCGCCAGACACCACACUUGCUAGGUGGUAGCUUAAAUCGGCCGCGGUCCAUUUAGUACAUGUCGGACCCGCGUGUCGCCACUGUGUGAUCGCAGACCUAGCGCCACCACAAGGCAGGUCUCGAGAGACGAUAUAGCACUCGCCCCAGUUGUACGAGGAGAUUGCUAGCGACCAUACGGACGAAGCCUUCCUCUCAUUUGCCGAGAGCCAGUUAG